AAAGGACCUGUUUGGGUGAUUCAACUCCAAAAACGGGAUAGUACCCUCCCGCGAAAUCCGAACCCCAAAUUCCCGCCCAAAUCAAAAUCUAACUUCACAUUUUCGACCCCCUUUAUCAAACCCUAACACCACCAUUUUCCACGGCAGAAGAAGAAGAAGAAGAUCAACAAUUAGCCAUGAAAAUCAGAACAGUGAAGCUUCGAGAAGCUCACAAGAACAAUGGCGCCGCCACAUACUGUUCGAUCCUGUGGGACCUCCAAGCUCAGCACAUCGUCACUUCGUCUUCUUCCGACUCCUCGAUCUUCAUUCACGAUCCGCUUUUGCUUUCGAGCCCGCCGAGUAUUCUCCGCAAUCACCGCGAUGGAGUCACUAGCUUGGCUCUCAGCCCCAACUCGACUUGCCUUGCAUCUGGAUCUAUGGAUCAUUCCGUGAAGCUCUACAAAUUUCCAGGUGGAGAGUUUCAGACCAACAUCACCAGAUUUACAUUGCCAAUUCGUGUGCUUGCAUUUAAUAAAUCUGGUAGCAUGUUGGCAGCCGCUGGUGAUGAUGAGGGCAUUAAACUUAUCAAUACUAUAGAUGGUUCAAUUGCAAGGGUUCUGAAAGGACAUAAAGGGUCAGUCACUGGUUUAGCUUUUGAUCCUAAAAGCGAGUACCUGGGUUCACUUGAUUCAGUUGGGACAGUCAUAUAUUGGGAACUCCAAUCUGGAAUAGCAUUACACACUCUCAAAGGCAUUGCUCCUGACACUGGUUUGGAUUUUUCUGUCAUGAAUAUACUUUGCUGGAGUCCAGAUGGUGAGGUGUUAGCUGUCCCUGGUUUGAAAAAUGAUGUUGUGAUGUAUGAUAGAGACACAGCUGAAAAGCUAUUCUCCUUAAGAGGUGAUCAUGUGGAACGAAUUUGUUUCCUGUCUUGGUCACCUAAUGGGAAAUAUAUGGCCACUUCUGGUUUAGACAGACAGGUCUUGAUCUGGGAUGUGGAUCAGAGGCUGGACAUUGACAGGCAGAAAUUUGAUGAUGUAAUAUGCUGUAUGUCAUGGAAGCCAACUGGAAAUGCAUUGGCUGUUAUUGAUGCUAUGGGGAAGUAUGGUAUUUGGGAAUCGGCCGUUCCAUCAUCAAUGAAAUCUCCUACAGAAGGUAUUCCUAGUUUACAAUCAAAGAACAAUAAUGGUCUCCUCUUGUUUGAUGAAGAGGAAGAGGAAGAGGAACCUAAUAUAUCUGGUAGUUUAAGUGAUCUUGGUGAAGAUAGCCAUGAUGAAUCUGAACCACCUAGCAGAAAAAGAUUGCGAAAACAGUCUGUAUAUAGUGACGAUUUUGAUGAAGAGAUUAAUGAUGAUUUGAGCUUGCUUCCAAAAUCCCAGAAAAAAGCCUCUCAUAGUCGAAAGGAAACAAUGGAAAAGGGGAAGGAGGUACAAAAGAGCACAAUUAUCUCAGCAGGGUCAAAAAUGCAGGAGGCUUUUCAACCAGGUUCUACUCCCAUGCAGCCUGGAAAAAGGCGCUUUCUCUGUUACAACAUGCUUGGAAGCAUAACCACCAUUGAACACGAUGGAUACUCCCAUAUUGAGAUAGAUUUUCACGACACUGGAAGAGGCCCUCGAGUUCCGUCAAUGACUGAUUACUUUGGUUUUACAAUGGCUGCACUAAAUGAAAACGGAAGUGUGUUUGCAAAUCCAUGCAAGGGUGAAAAGGGCAUGAGUACUCUCAUGUAUCGUCCCUUCAGCAGCUGGGCAAAUAACAGCGAGUGGUCUAUGCGUUUUGAAGAAGAAGAAGUGAAGGUUGUGGCACUUGGUACUGCUUGGGUAGCUGCUGUUACAAGUCUUAAUUUUCUUCGCAUCUUCAGUGAGGGUGGCUUGCAGAGAAAUGUUCUCUCUCUUGAUGGGCCAGUCGUGACUGCAUCAGGCUUCAGGGAUGAACUUGCAGUUGUCACACGUGGUUCUCCUUCUCUUCCAUCAAAUGAUCAGAUGCUAGAGUUUAGAGUGUUCAAUAUUCAUAUUGGGACCCAAACCCUCAGAGGUCAACUUCCACUGACUCCUGGUUCACAUCUAACAUGGUUUGGUUUCAGUGAAGAAGGCCAAUUAUGUUCUUUUGAUUCCAAGGGCGUGCUUAGAGUUUUCAACGAUCAAUAUGGAGGCAGCUGGCUUCCACUCUUCAGUUCUACGAAAAUAAAGAAGUUGGAGGAAAACUAUUGGGUUGUUGGAUUGAAUGCAACCAAGUUGUUUUGUGUUGUUUGCAAAUCUCCUGAUUCAUUCCCACAGGUCAUCCCGAAACCAAUGCUCACUCUAUUGGAUCUUUCAUUUCCUCUCGCAUCUUCUGAUCUGGGAGCCGAUAACCUUGAGAAUGAGUUUAUAUUGAACAACCUGUAUCUCUCCCAGAUUAACAAAAGAAUUGAAGAAAUGGUGGCUAUCGGUCAGGACACCACUUCACUUGAUGACGAGGCUUUCAAUAUGGAAGCAUCUCUUGAUAGAUGCAUCUUGAAGCUUAUUGCGUCCUGCUGCAAUGGUGACAAGCUUGUGAGGGCUAUUGAACUCGUGAAACUUCUAUCACUCGAAAAAUCAGUCAAAGGUGCAAUAAAGCUUGUAACUGCUCUCAAGCUUCCAAAUUUGGCAGAGCGUUUCAGCACCAUACUAGAGGAAAGGAUGCUAAAUGAAACCACAACAGCUACAGCCUUCCCGCUCACAAAUUUGAAUACAGAUACAUCGGUCAAAGCUGAUUUUGUGGCCAGCAAAUCCUUUGCCUCAAUGGAAAAUAUUAGAACUUCAGAACCCGCUAUUCUGUCAUCAUCACAAAACUUGUCUUCCCCUCCCUUUAUGAAAAAAGGGAUAUCAGAAGAAGCAGCUAAAGCUGGGAAGAUGAAAAUGGAGCAGAAGAAAAGUGCAAAGUCGGAGAACACAGGGGAGGUAAAGAACGACGGGGAGGCUAAAAGUGGAGAGGUGAAGAAGGUAAGCGAGGCGAAUCAGGCACAAAUACGCCCAUCUAAUCCUUUUGCAAAGUCAUCAAACAAGCAAGAAAAAACUUCUUUAUUUGAAUCUCUCAAGAAGAUGAAGAAUGAUAGCACAGGUAAAAAAUGAGAAAUCCAUAGGAGGGGGAAUGUUGGGAAGUUGAUAAGAAGACUCGAGCUUGCACAUUUACGUUUGGUAAAGGAGCACCUCAUUUACUCGGCCAAUCCUUUAGUUUGUCGAAAUGACUCAAUUGUUUUUUGGCCAAGAUGUACAAUGGUUAUUAGUGUAUAUUAGUGCAUUUUAAUAUUUAAUUGGUUAAAUGAAUAGAUUAAUAUAGACUUACUUAUGAAGUGGAAGUCCAUGAAGCUUUAUGAAAGCAUAAUAUAAUAUGAGGACUAUAAUAUUAAUUUAGAAAGAGAAAA